AUGGGCUCCGGAGGAGCGGGUCUCCCCGGGGUCUGGUGGCCCCUGCCCCUCCUGCUUCUGUUCGGCCUGGGAGGCACAGCUCCGGACUCCCCACCCCAGAUCCUAGUCCACCCACAGGACCAGCUGCUCCAGGGCCCUGAGCCCGUCCAGAUGAGCUGCCAAGCCUCAGGCCAGCCGCCUCCCACCAUCCACUGGCUGCUCAAUGGGCAGCCCCUGAGCAUGGAGCCCCCAGACACACACCAACUCCUCCCUGAUGGAACCCUGCUGCUGCACUGGCCCUCCACCCAGGCGCACGCCCGCAGCAACCAGGCCCUGUCCACAGACCUGGGCAUCUACACGUGUGAGGCCAGCAACCGGCUGGGCACAGCGGUGAGCCGCGGCGCGCGGCUGUCUGCGGCUGUCCUCCAGGAGGAUUUCCGGGUCCAGCCCCAGGACACCGUGGCCACGGUGGGCGAGCAGGUGAUCCUGGAGUGCUGGCCGCCCUGGGGCCACCCAGAGCCCACGGUCUUGUGGUGGAAGGAUGAGAAACCCCUGGCCCUCCAGCCGGGGCGGCACAGGGUGUCCAGUGGCUCCUUGCGGAUGCUAAGAGCAGAGAAGAGUGACUCGGGGACUUAUAUGUGUGUGGCCACCAACGAGGCAGGACAGCGGAAGAGCCGGGCAGCCAGGGUGUCAGUCCAGGAGCCUCUGGAGCUUCUGGCCGUGCGCAUUCAGCUGGAAAACGUGACCCUGCUGAACCCGGGUCCCUCCCAGGGCACCACGCCUGGGCCUGCCGUGUGGCUCAGCUGGAAGGUCAGCGGCCCUGCCGCCCCUGCCCAGUCCUACACGGCGCUGUUCAGGACCCAGCCGGUGCCAGGAGGCCAGGCAGCUCCGUGGGCAGAGGCCCUGCUGGCUGGCUCGCAGAGCGCGAAGCUCGGGGGCCUCCGCUGGGGCCAAGACUACGAGUUCAAAGUGAGACCGUCCUCCGGCCGGGCUCGGGGCCCUGACAGCAACGUGCUGCUCCUGAGGCUGCCUGAGCAAGUGCCCAGCGCCCCUCCCCAGGAGGUGACCCUAAAAUUGGGCAAUGGCAGCAUCCUUGUGAACUGGGUCCCACCACCUGCCAAAAACCACAAUGGCAUCAUCCGUGGCUACCAGGUGUGGAGCCUGAGCAACACCUCAUGGCCCCCAACCAACUGGACAGUGGCCGGCGAGCAGACCCAGCUGGAGAUUGCCACCCAAACGCCAGGUUCCUACUGCGUGCAGGUGGCUGCCGUCACCGGCGCUGGGGCUGGGGAGCCCAGCAGCCCCGCCUGCCUCAUUUUGGAGCAGACCAUGGAUCGAGCCACCCGAGAACCCAAAGACCCCGGUCCGUGGAUCCUGGAGCAGCUGAGAGCAACGUUGAAGCGUCCAGAGGUCAUUGCCACCGGGGGUGUCCUGCUCUGGCUGCUGCUGCUGGGCACCACUGUGUGUAUCCACCGUCGGCGCCGCGCUGGGGUGCACCUGGGCCCAGGUCUGUACAGGUAUACCAGUGAGGACGCCAUCCUAAAACACAGGAUGGACCACAGUGACUCCCCCUGGCUGGCAGACACUUGGAGAUCCACCUCUGGCUCUCGGGACCUGAGCAGCAGCAGCAGCCUUAGCAGCCGCCUGGGAGCGGACCCCCGGGACCCACUAGACGGCCGUCGCUCCUUGAUCUCCUGGGAUCCCCGCAGCCCUGGCGUGCCCCUGCUUCCCGACACCCGCACUUUCUAUGGCUCCCUCAUCGCUGAGCUGCCUUCCAGCCCCCCAGCCCGGCCAAGCCCCCAGGCCCCAGCCCUCAGGCAUCUCCGACCCCAGCUGACCCGGCUCUCCAGCCCCUGGCCCAGUUCCGACAGCCUCUGCAGCCGCAGGGGGCUCCCUUCCCCUCGCUUCUCUGUGGCCCCCGCAGAGGCUUGGAAGGCCAAAAAGAAGCAAGAGCUGCACCAGGCCAACAGCUCCCCGCUGCUCCGGGGCAGCCACCCUAUGGAGCUCUGGGCCUGGGAGGCAGGAAAUAAAGGCUCCAAGAACCUUUCCCAAAGCCCAGGACCUGUGCCCCGAGCUCUGGUUGCCUGGCGGGCCCUGGGACCGCAGAUCCUCAGCUCCUCCAACGAGCUGACUUGCCCUCUCCCGCCAGCACCCCUCUCUUCUCAUGAACCCCCCACCCAGAAUCAACAGACCCAGCACGUGGCAGAGCCCCGAGCUCCCUCCCCCCACCCCCUGUCAGCAGCCCCCACCCCCACCUGCAGGCCCUCUAGUACCGCCAGCCACUCCAGCCACCAGGCCUCCUCCCUGUCCGGUCCCAGCCCAACCUCCAGUCGCCUGUCCAGCUCUUCGCUGUCAUCCCUGGGGGAGGAUCAGGACAGUGUGCUGACUCCUGAGGAGGUGGCCCUGUGCCUGGAGCUCAGUGAGGGUGAGGAGACGCCCAGGAACAGCGUCUCUCCUAUGCCAAGGGCUCCUUCACCCCCCAGCACCUACGGGUACAUCAGCGUCCCCACAGCUUCAGAGCUGGCCGACAUGGGCAGAGCUACCGGAGGGGUAGGGUCCGAGGUGGGGAGUUUGCUGUGCCCACCUCGGCCCUGCCUCACCCCCACCCCCAGUGAGGGCUCCCUGGCCAAUGGCUGGGGCUCCGCCUCCGAGGACAACGCCCCCAGUGCCAGAGCCAGCCUCGUCAGCUCCUCCGACGGGUCCUUCCUCGCCGACGCCCACUUCGCACGGGCCCUGGCAGUGGCUGUGGACAGCCUUGGCUUCGGUCUGGAGCCCAGGGAGGCAGACUGUGUCUUCACAGGUGCCUCGUCACCCCCCUCCCCCCGGGCUGACCGCUUCCUGACCCGCACCCUCUCCCUGCCCCUGUGGGAGUGGAGGUCAGACUGGCUGGAGGACCUGGAGAACCACCACAUCCAGCGACUGGGCAGAGGGCUGCCGCCCUGGCCCCCCGACUCUUAGGACUCUCCCCAGAGAACCCAUCUCGGCUGUGCUGCACCCAAGGCUGGCAACUCGUCCUGA